GCAGCAUUUUCCAUUAGAAGACAAAGUAAUCACUUAGUGAUGAAUAAAUGAAGUCCUAAGUGAUUAAAUAUUAUGGUAUGAAGGGCUGUGACGCGCUCUGCUGGAGGAAGUCCCGCCUCCUGCGCUCACUAAAGAUCCUGAUUGGUCCACACGCACAUGGCAGUCAAAUAACAGCCAUGUCUAGAUUAUGGGUCAGAUAGAAGAGCGUCGGCUUUAAUCCGGUUGAUUUCUGUGGAUUUAUUUUACCGUUACACCUUUGGAGGUUCACAUCUGGAAUCACCUGAUAUUUUUUCUGACGGUGUCAAACGAAACGCUCCUCUGCGGCUCCUCCUGCGGCUUUUGUCAGCGGAAAUGCAGGGUGAUGUUCAUAAUUAAACGCUGAAACAACUGACGGCGCGUUUGUCGAGCCUUGGAAAAAUAAAAAAAGGUGUUUCCACAACCAACGGUGUCAAAUUUAAGAGGACCAUAGAUGUGAUUACUUUCCUCAAGGCUACGGGUGUUGGCGUGUCAAGACAAAAAUCCAUCCAAAUGAUGUCAGGAAAGCAUUUCAAAGCUCACGAAGUGAGCUGCUGUAUCAAGUAUUUCAUUUUCGGAUUCAACAUAAUAUUCUGGUUCCUUGGAAUUGCAUUCCUCGGCAUUGGAUUGUGGGCAUGGAGCGAAAAGGGUGUCCUCUCCAACAUCUCGUCCAUCACAGACCUCGGGGGUUUUGAUCCGGUCUGGCUCUUUUUGGUGGUGGGUGGGGUGAUGUUCAUCCUCGGAUUUGCGGGUUGCAUCGGAGCUCUGCGAGAAAACUCUUUCUUGCUCAAAUUUUUCUCCGUGUUCCUGGGUAUCAUCUUCUUCCUGGAGCUGACUGCAGGAGUCCUGGCUUUUGUCUUCAAAGACUGGAUCAAGGACCAGCUCAACUUUUUCAUUAACAACAACAUUCGGGCCUACAGAGACGACAUUGAUCUGCAGAACCUGAUAGACUUCACCCAGGAAUAUUGGGAAUGCUGUGGAGCUUUUGGAGCUGACGACUGGAAUUUGAACAUCUACUUCAACUGCACUGAUUCCAACCCGAGUCGUGAGAAAUGUGGCGUGCCCUUUUCCUGCUGCACCAAAGAUCCAGCGGAGGAUGUCAUCAAUACUCAGUGUGGCUACGACAUCCGAGCAAAAACGGACUCUGAGCAGCGGACCUUCAUUUAUAUCAAAGGUUGCGUUCCUCAGUUUGAGAAGUGGCUUCAAGACAACCUGACAGUGGUGGCAGGCAUCUUUAUUGGGAUUGCAUUACUACAGAUUUUUGGCAUCUGUUUAGCACAAAAUCUGGUGAGCGACAUUGAAGCCGUGAGAGAGAGUUGUUUGUUUACCUAAGACCUCUAAAUUUGAAGCUCCAAAAGCAAGAAGGAUGUACCAGGACUCUGCAGUUUGGACGCCAGCCAUGAAGCGAUAUAAAUUAAUUAGCUCAUGUGUCCAGAACCAAGAGUCUCAUUCAUAUGUAAAUAGUAAAUUUGAAAUUAUUUUUAGAGUUAUUUGUGGCCAUACUUUUGAAUGUAACACAACCUCUAAAAUGUACUGUAGCUCUCAUCCAGUACAAGCUAAACAAAUGCAAUGCAAAUUCUCUACAGUAUGAACAGCUGUGGUGGCAAAGUCCCAGUUCGGAUAACUUAGAGGUGGUCGUAGCUUUUAGCCAGGACAGAGGCAGAGUUGAUGUUUUAUCAGAGGUAGUGCUUCAUUCAGAAAAGAGCCUUGGUUUUAUAUGUCUCACCACUGCAGUAUUUAACACUGCAUGUAAGGGUCGUGUACAAAGAUAAAAGUGAUUCUGGAAAUGCACUGCAUGCCUGUUGUCUACUGGUAGGACAUUGGCACUACUAAAUGUAUUUCAUUUACGUUAAGUAUUUUAAAAUACUUGUAGAAUAGUCACUAGUUUAGAGUGGAUUGGCUGGUUAGCACUUUGUUGAAUGUUUAAUGGAAUCUACUUAAAGCUUUGGCGAAUUAACUUUAGUUUUACUUACAUCUGUGACAUCAAGCUUGUAUUAAACAGACACAUGCAGUUUGUAAGCAGAGUUUUGUGGGGCUGGGGUCGAUAUAGUGACAAGUAGUAUCAUGAGGGGAUAUAAUGGGUGUUUGUAGUAAAUAUACCGAAGCAAGGCAGGAGAUGGGGCAUCUGAAUCUAAAAACUCAACCUUAAGCACUUUAACCUUCAUGUAAGAGUGGUGAAUCUCAUUGGAGUUCUUCCCAUGACUGUUAAUUUAGUCAAGCAGCAGCCACUGGAGGGGGCACUUUUCCUUCAAAACCUCACCAACCGCAUCUGUAACUUCAUGAUGCUGAAACAUGUCAGAUAAUUUGUACAAAAGCAGCUUGACUGAAAGUGUGUUUCAGCACAUUGUAAAUAAGGUGCUGUUCUUUGCACAUAAUCUUAUUUUACUGUCAGUGUUCAUUCAUUCAUUUCCUCCUUUUUUUUUUUAAGUGUUGCCAAUGUGUUCCUUCGUUGAAAUCUGCCUAUUUGAUGAGUUAGAUUUGUUGGUUGUGGGUUUUUUUUCUGUUUUGAUGUGGAAAGUUAGGAAACAAGCUAUUUCCAAGGCUCAUGAUGAAGGCAUGCUGGUCCCUGACUGAACGUAGAAAGGAUUUAUAGCCUGCAUACACACAUUACUUGAAAGCAGACCACACAGGCUCGCUCACCAGCAUUUUUUGAAAUGCAAACUUUGAAAUCCAGAUGCAAAGAAUAGAACAGCAGAGAAUUUUGUGUAAUAACCUUUAAUAGAGCUGCAUAGCAUGAAAGUAAAAACAGCCAUUUUAUGUUUACAUGAAACAGAGAACUCGUGUGCAGCCUUCAUGAGCUGAACUUCCUCACACGAAAAUAUUUUAAAAAUGUGGAGUCAGAUGCAAUACAGGAGGAAGAAGUCAAGUAUUCUUUUUUUUCCCCACUAAAGGUGCAUAUGAUUGUUGUUGACUGAUCACACUUUUUCUUACCACUCAGUGCCAUAUUUGCGAUUUCUACUUCUACAUACCCCUGACUUUAAGAUUACCUUUGUUUCAUGUGUGCUCCUGAUUCCUUGUAAAUAACUGGAUCGUGACAAGUUGUAAAUAUAUAUCUAAAUAAAUGUGGUUCUUUGUAAA